ACUGGCGACGCUUUUUACUUAUAACCUGCAGGGGUUUCAGGCGUCCGGUCCUGUCAACAAUUGCGCCAGUGAAAAUAAACUGUUAGCUUCUCUUUGUAGUUAUGACACAGUGGAUGUACGUCGUUGAUGCAACUUUCUCCAUGUCCGCUUUUCUCUUUAUCUAGCGGAAGGUGCACUCUACAAUUAUGGAGUUUUGAAAAGCAAAGUGAGCAUUUUGGGGGGAAAGGGGGCCUUUCCCCUCAAGUUUGAUGGUUGGACUGCUGGAGGAGACGGUCGGAGGGUUGUUGGAACUGCUGCCUUUUGUAAAUUAUUCAAGAGUAUAUAGAGGAGAAACUAUUUUUGCUAACAUUACUAUGUACAAUUUUGUAUGAAGUGCACACAAGGUUUUUGUAUAUAUUGAAUUCUUGAUGCCAUUGUAUGCUACCAGCACCUUAGUUUGUGUUUGAUCUUGGUUGAAAUGGUGGACUGAAACAAGUCAGGGAGCCUCUGGGGUUGCUAGGGUGCGGUGGAACUUCAACACAAGCACAAUUCUAGCACUCCAAACCAUUUCAACCCUUUUUUUUCUUCUUGGAGAGCAGCUCUGUUACAGUACAUUUAGGAACUGUGUUUUUGGUGUGUUAUUUCAUAUCAGAUUGAGGUUUUUUUUGCUUUUUAGCUAGUUUUCAAUUGUGGGUGGUGGCCUGUUAAAGGACUUUGUAAUCGUAAAGGGAGAAGGGUUCACUUUUAAGUUUUGUUGAACGCCAGGAUGAGUUUGGCAUCACCGGGCUGUACCCCCAAAUGCCGCUCAUCUGAGCAUGCAGACCAGGUGGUAGCAGCACUGACGCGUGGCUCUGAGGGGAAGCUGCGGGCGUUUUUGAAUUCACACUGCUACAAUGCGGCUACCGUGCGGGAUGAGUUUGGUCGCAAUGCCCUACACAUGGCAGCUUCCCUCGGAAAGAAGGCCAUACUGGAGUGGCUUCUGGAGAGUAAGAGUGCUGACCUUAUGGUGAAGGAUAAGGAGUCGGGCUGGACAGCUCUGCAUCGUAGCGCGUUCUAUGGACAGAUCCACUGUCUCAUAUCGCUGGUCAAGCAUGCCGGACUCCUUUCCACCCAGGACAGGGAGGGUCUCUCCGUCCUGGACAUUACAAUGAAGGACCGACCAUCUCAUGUUGUGUUCAAAAACACAGACCCAACAGAAGUGUACACUUGGGGAAACAACACUAAUUUCAGUCUUGGGCAUGGUAAUCAGGAGAGCCGACAACACCCCGAGCUCGUGGAUGUGUUUGCCAGGACUGGAGUUUACAUCAAGCAGGUGGUCCUGUGUAAGUUCCAUUCCGUGUUCUUAUCUCAGAAAGGCCAGGUGUUCACCUGUGGACAUGGACAAGGAGGACGACUUGGCCACGGAGAUGAACAAACUUAUCUGGUGCCUCGGAUGGUGGAGGGUCUCAUGUCCCACCACUGCUCCCAGGUGGCGGCAGCUAAAGACCACACAGUGGUGCUGACAGAAGAAGGCUACGUUUACACUUUUGGCCUCAACACCUUUCACCAGCUCGGUCUGGCUCCUCCUCCCGCUGCAGCACAUGUCCCUAAACAGGUUUUCUCCAAGACGCUGAAAGGCAGGACGGUGAUCGGAGUUGCUGCUGGAAGGUUCCACACAGUGCUUUGGACCAGGGAGGCCGUCUACACAAUGGGACUCAAUGGAGGCCAGCUGGGUUACUUGCUGGAUCCGAAUGGAGAGAAGUGCGUGACAGCCCCUCGACAGGUGUCGGCCCUGCACCACAAAGAUGUUACCAUAGCUAUGGUUGCAGCUAGUGAUGGAGCAACAGUAGUUGUGACAGAGAAGGGGGACGUCUACUUGUUGGCUGACUACCAGUGCAAGAAAAUGGCUUCAAGGCAGCUGAACAUCAAGAAGGUUCUGGUCAGUGGUGGUAGUCUGGACCACCGUGUGGUUCCACAGAUCCUAAAUGAGGGAGGAGGAGAAAAGGUGGCGAUCCUGGCAUUGGAUGAGGCUGGGAGGGUGUUUUGCUGGCGCUCCUGCGGCAGCUCAGUGAGACAGUGCCGGUGGGCGUAUGGGCGUCAGGUUUUCAUGUCGGACAUAGCUCUCAGCAAGAACGACAUGAUGUUUGUGACUCAGGAGGGGGAGGGCUUCAGUGGCGUGUGGGCUGGAGAAUAUAAGAAGUAUGGGGAAAAGAAAGAGGUCAGUGUGGAGGUUUGUGGCCCUUCGGAUGCGGGGACAGUGUACGAGCGAAUCCGCCUGGAGAAACUCCCCUAUGUCCACAGAGCUGUCAGCGUCACCAUGGACUCUAAAGGCAGAAACUUUGGAGUGCUUCAGUCUGACCCCAAAACAAGCUUGUAUGAGAUUCCCGUCAUCUCUCCAUCGUCCUUCACCCAACACUUCCGACGCCUCCUGGACGAGGCAGACGAAAUGGACAGCAUCCACGAUGUGACACUGCAGGCCGGUGAUCGCACCUUCCCGGCCCACAAGUACAUCCUGUCCAUGAGGUCAGAGUUCUUCCGAAAGCAGUUCAUGUCUGAGCAUUGCGGGGACGAUGAGGAGCUUGAUGCAGAAGUGAGGAAGAGCGAAGAUGCCGUGGGCUGUGAUUUAAUCAUUUUGGAGAAGAUCCCAGCAGACAUGUUGGAAUAUGCCCUCCACUUCAUCUACACAGACUCCUGUGAGCUGCUGGAGCACGGUGCCCGGCCAAGAGUGUCGGGGGCAUUGACGGGACAAAACCAGGACUCAGAGCAGGAGAGGCUUAUCAGCAGCCUGCAGGACUUGGGUCUGAGAGGUCGUUCAGCCCUGGAGGUAUACCGCUCCCUUCCCCCUGCAGCCAGAGGAGAUGGUGACAAGGCCAAGAGCAAGUGUGCCAAGCCUGGCAAGAAGGGGAAAGGAGGCAAAGGUGACAAAGCUGGGGCUAACGAUGGAGGAGCCAACCCUGUGAAAACCUUACAGGGUGUUGCGAAAAAGCUGGGCCUGGGAAGCCUAUCUGCACGACUGGACGGAGUCAAAUAUGAAAAUGGAAAGAUCAAUGUUGUGAACAAGAAAACUGGCAACAAACCCAAAUUCUACCAGAAAAAAUGCUCCUAUCUUUGUGAUGUGACUCUGAAAUCUGAAGAUGGCAAAGAGUUUCCAUGUCACAAAUGUGUCCUCUGUGCAAGACUCGAGUACUUUAAUAGUAUGCUUGGAAACCCCUGGAUUGAGGCCACAUCAUGCACUGCACUGGAGCUGCCCACUAGUUCUGAGAUCCUGCAGGUCAUCCUCGAGUAUAUUUACACAGAUGAAUCUCCUACUAUUAAAGAGUCUCUGAACGUGGAGUUUGUCUGCAAUGUAUUGGUUGUGGCCGACCAACUGCUGAUCACACGCCUGAAGGAAAUGUGCGAGGUCGUCAUCACUGAGAACUUGACUCUUAAGAAUGCUGCAGAGCUGCUGGAGUUUGCUGCCAUGUACAACGCAGAGCAGCUGAAACUUUCCUGUCUCCAGUUUAUCGUGCUCAACAUGGCUGCCCUGCUGGAGUCAAAAGCGCUGGAUAUUCUUAGCGAUGAAGUGCUAGUGGAGCUCUCUGCAGCCUACAAGAGGAUGAUCCCAGCAAUGGAAAAGAGGGUGAUCACACCGUAUCCUGGCGCCCCAGACCUUAGUGUGUAUGACGAUGAGGAUUUGGACUCUGCGUUCAGCCCCAAACCAGAAGCAGAACUGGAUCACUCCUGCAGGGAAAUCCUGUUAAAGAAGGCCAAGAUGAAGGCUAAAAAGAAACCAAGGCGACGCUCUGACAGCUCAGGGGGCUACACUCUCUCUGAUAUCAUUCAAAGCCCCCCUGCUGCAGUGGUCUCACUGCCCCUGGUGAAGUCGGGCAAAGCAAACUCUACAGAGUCCCUGCAGGAGCUGCUCACAUCUGAUUCAGAAGGCAGCUACAUGGGGGUGGGCAGUCCCAGAGACAUACAAUCCCCCAUCUUUCAUGACAGAGCUGAGGAUGAAAAGGCCUUCAGUCAGAGGCUAAAGACCCCACCCAGCACCCCGACCUCCCUGAGGGACUGCCUCCCAACUCCCCCCAACUCUGCUCCACAAACCAUCUCCAAGGUUCUUCCCUGUCCUGCCCAUCCUCCUCCAGUCUUGGAUCUUAGAACCAUCAUGGACAUGGAGGCCAACUCUGUGCAGACCCCCAGAGCGACUCCUAAAAGCCCUGGAAGUGUCAACACCAGCAUUAAGCACUCCCCUGUUCCUGCUAAACUGUCCCAGAAGCAGAGGAAGAUGUUGGCCAUGGCCAAUAAGGAGGGCAGUGUGGAGUCCAGUGCAUCCAAACCAACCCCCACAGGCACCCCAUCCAAAACCAGUGGGAAGGCUUGGGCAACAGCAGUCCAGUCCCCGCCCUCCUCUUGCUCAUUCCGGGCUCUGCUGGAGGAGGAGGAGAACCGCUUGAGUGGAGUGGCACAAACGGGAGUCCAGAGGGGCCAAAUCGCCCAGGGGUCCCCUAUCACUGCUACACCUGUGACCCGGAGGGUCACGUUCAAGUGUGCUGAAAGCAGCGAGCCGGAGAGACCCACCGGGCCCUGGGUGCUGGGUGCAGUGGGCAGCCCUCCCCUCUCCUCCUCCUUGGUGACCUUUGCCUCCAUCGUUGAGGAGGAGAAGCAGCAGGAAGCUGCACUGAUCCGCAGCCGAGAGAAGCCGCUGGCGCUCAUCCAGAUUGAAGAGCGGGCAAUCCAAGACCUCCUCAUCCAUUAUAAGGCACGUGACAACCCAGAUGAGUUGAUAGUUGUAGAGAGGUCUUCCAGAGGUCCUAUGGCAGCCCCGACAUGGAACAAACAUUGAUAUUAAACAGCACAGCUAGUACAUACCAUUGAAGUGAGAACAUCCCCCCCCCCCCCUCAGUUGUCACUCUGCAUUGUUGGCAGUAUCCCCGAAACAUCAUCAGAUCCAUCAGUCCGUGAUAAGACUCACCCUGCCCUGUGUGGGAAAAGUUCUGAUGCAGAUCUAAACUUGUCCCUGCAGUGUUACUUUAAGUUUUGUUAUUGCUGCUCAAAAUUUCUGUUGUGUAUGUGUGAAACAGAGUGAGUGCUUUUCAUAACUGAAUGUGGUCCUGGAUUACUUUGAACUUUCUUUAUAACCUAGUAGGAUUUAUGUUUCUACUCGGCAAACCAAUAAUUCAGAAAAGUUAGCAACGUUCCCAAAUAAUUGUUACUUAUAUGAAGUUAAAUCUGCCAAAGACAUGUUAAAAAAUGAAAAAUGUUCACGCCACAAAAUGGGUCCAAAGUACAGCAACUCGAGGGCGUGUGCGUGUGUGUUCAAUCAGUGUAAGCUCUCAAUGUGAUUAAGAAAGUAAGAGUGCCAAUUAUCAACCGUGGCAGAGCAUCAGCAAAGUAAAGUAAGCUCUUUACCAAGGCAGUAUGUUUAGUUUCUUUUUGUGCUCUUAUUUUUCUUCAUGAUACUUGCAGCUUUGGCUGAUGGCUUCAGUUGAUUUGCAGUGACUUGGUAACCUUGCUGGAAUCAGAUAAUGUGUAUUUUGAGUAUGAAAAAAAUGUGUUUCUUAUUUAAAAUGUGUUAUUUGAUGCAGUUCUAACGAAUGGUGAAUACUAUGGUAAUGGUAGGGUUGACUGUGUUCAGCUGGCGUUCCAGCCUUUGAAGUUGUCACUAUGGUGAUCUAGAGGAGGUGGCGUGCCUUUGUCGGUGAUUAUGACUUAUACACUGAUACAGCAGCUAAAAUAUCUUUUUUUUUUUUUUCCCUCCAGCAUUUUCUUUCUUCAAUGCCAAGUUGUUUGUUUUUUCAGCUUUUUUUUUUUGCUGGAGCCAAUGCAAGAUAGGGAGGUACUACAGAUCUGGACCAUGUUCUCUCAUCUCCAGAUGCGUGCGUGCGUGCGUGAGAGAUGUAAGCAUAUGAAGAGAAAGUGGCAUGUAAUAAAUGAUCUCAGCUGUGCAAUGA